AUGGCUUUCAAAGAAUUGAGCGGUACCCCUUUCUCUAUUUUCCAUAUUCUGAGACAGAAAUCUCAGCUGGCGCUGAGAAAUCAGCAAUUUAGUCAGCAAGCUGCAGAUUUGGACUUGUCACAAAAAUAUCACAGAACGAGCAUUGCUACCAAACAAUCUGAGCCUUAUGUUCAGGAUAUUGACUGUCUAUCACUGGUAUCUGACAGUAGAGAUUCGAGAUUGACUCGUUAUAUAUCACAAUCUCCAAACUUCUUUACGAAUAACAAAGAAGACACAAACCAAAAAGACAUUAAAGUGAUCAAAACAGAAGAGGAUCACAGUCAUGAAUCAGAUUCCAAAUCCACUGAUCUUCCGAUGUCGUUGUCUCAGAAAAAAGAUUCGGCACUAGAUGACGAGUUGUCAUCAGAAGACAAUGAAAUUUUGGAAAACUAUGAAUUGAAUGAUUUUACAAUGCCAUUAUAUCCCCACAGUCAUCCUCUAAAACAAACUGGAUUUCCAAUUCAUAAAACAGAUAAAAGAAACGACAUCAGAUUCCAAAGAUACAAAUUUGACUACAAACCAAACUUGAAAUUUUCCGAAUCUGACACUGAACAACAAGAUGGAGGUGAUUCCGUUACGACCACUACUCUGGAAGACUCGGGACUGACUGCCUCAUCCCGGCCGAGCGACAACGGCGACUGCUUCGGCGGCCAGUCAUCGGCGACGAAACCGGUGCGGAAGAAGCGAUCUCGCGCAGCUUUUUCUCAUGCUCAAGUCUAUGAACUAGAGCGAAGAUUUAGCCAUCAGCGGUACCUGUCAGGGGCAGAACGAGCAGACCUUGCGCAGGCACUCAAGCUCACAGAAACUCAAGUAAAAAUUUGGUUCCAGAAUCGUCGCUACAAGACGAAAAGACGCCAGCUACAGCAAGAGCUUGGCAAUGGUCUUUCUCCACCUCGCCGAGUCGCUGUGAAAGUCCUGGUGAAAGACGAUCAAGUGAUAUGCGGUCCAGAUGAUCCAGGAAAUCGCGCUCCCAUGAUUUACCCUUCAUUUCCUAUUCCGGGCUUUGCUUUCAGUUAUCUCUACUCCCCUUGGCUCUUCGGGUGUGGUCAGGGAGCUUUCCCACAUCCUCCUCCUCCACAUAUAUAA